GGGAAGGAGCAAAGCAGAACAGUUCCAACUCAAAGCAGCAGCAAGGAAAGUCUUUGGCUCCAAAACCCAGACGCAAGUUUUAAAUACAUUUAUUUGAGAAGGCUCUCUGGGCACGCUUUAUUUGAAUUGAUUCCUUAGCAAAGUUGGAGAUCAGUAUUCGGUUAUUUACAGUGGAUGUAAAGACCACCAGCCUUGCACAGGCACGACAAAUUUAGAGGAAUGUACCAGACACGGGCAACAGGAAAACUUGAGCGGGGAUGUCAGUUCCACUUUCUGCGGGUUUUCUUGUUAUUAGGGGUCGUGCUUGGAACGCACAUCGGAACUGGAACAGAUUUGCCAUAUGAUCCAGAUGUAAUGGCCUCUUCAUCGUGGAAUAUUUCUAGCGAAGCCGACAAAGAUUAUUACUUGACGUUAGACGAGCCGAUGAACAAUAUCACGACGUCCCUUGGGCAGACGGCGGAGCUGCACUGUAAAGUCUCCGGCAAUCCCACGCCGGCCAUCAGGUGGCUGAAGAACGAUGCUCCGGUGGUGCAGGAGCCCCGGAGGAUAUCCUUCCGAGUCACCAGCUACGGCUCCCGGCUGAGAAUCCGCAAUCUGGACACCACGGACACCGGCUACUUCCAGUGCGUUGCCAACAACGGCAAGAGGAGCGUGUCCACCACCGGGGUGCUCUUUGUCAAGUUCGGCCCGCCCCCGACAGCCAGUCCAGGAAAAUCCUCGCAGGAUGAGUAUGAAGAGGACGGCUUCUGCCAGCCCUACAGGGGGAUCGCCUGUGCCAGGUUCAUUGGGAACCGCAGCAUCUACGUGGACUCACUGCAAAUGCAAGGGGUGAUCGAAAAUCAAAUAACUGCUGCAUUCACGAUGAUAGGCACCUCCAAUCACUUGUCAGAUAGGUGCUCUCAGUUCGCCAUCCCCUCGCUCUGCAACUUCGCGUUCCCUUUCUGUGACGAGACCUCGUCGGCUCCGAAGCCCCGGGACCUGUGCAGAGACGAGUGUGAGAUCUUAGAGAACGAUCUUUGCAGGACUGAGUACAUCAUCGCCAGGUCCAAUCCCAUCAUCCUGAUGAGACUGAAACUGCCCAACUGUGAGGACCUGCCCCAGCCGGAGAGCCCCGAGGCAGCCAACUGUAUGAGAAUAGGGAUUCCCAUGGCAGAGCCCAUCAACAAGAAUCACAAGUGCUUCAACAACACUGGCGUGGAUUACCGUGGAACAGCCAGCGUGACCAAAUCAGGUCUGCAGUGCCAGCCGUGGAACUCCCAGUACCCCCACAGCCACGCCUACCUGGCAGUGCGGUACCCAGAGCUGAACGGAGGGCACUCCUACUGCAGGAACCCAGGCAACCACAAGGAGGCGCCCUGGUGCUUCACCCUGGAAGAGGCGGUCAAGAUGGAGCUAUGUGACAUCCCAGCGUGUGACUUCAAGGAGAGCAACAACAAAAUGGAAAUCCUGUAUAUUCUGGUGCCGAGUGUGGCCAUCCCCCUGGCGAUUGCUCUCCUGUUCUUCUUCAUCUGCGUCUGCCGCAACAAUCAAAAGUCGUCCACGCCUCCCGCUCAGAGUCAGCCCAAGCCCGUCCGAGGGCAGAAUGUGGAGAUGUCAAUGCUCAACGCCUAUAAGCCAAAGAGCAAAGCAAAGGAGCUGCCUCUCUCCGCAGUGCGCUUCAUGGAGGAGCUGGGUGAUUGUGCUUUCGGAAAGAUCUACAAAGGCCACCUCUACCUCCCUGGCAUGGACCAUGCACAGCUGGUGGCCAUCAAGACCCUGAAGGACUACUCCAGCCCCCAGCUGUGGGGGGAGUUCCAGCAGGAGGCGUCCCUCAUGUCAGAGCUCCAUCACCACAACAUUGUGUGCCUGCUGGGGGUGGUGACUCAGGAGCAGCCCAUAUGCAUGCUCUUCGAGUUCCUGAACCAGGGCGACCUGCACGAGUUCCUCAUCAUGCGUUCCCCACACUCGGACGUGGGCUGCAGCAGCGACGAGGAUUGCACCGUCAGAUCCAGCCUGGACCACGGAGACUUCCUGCACAUCUCCGUCCAGAUCGCAGCUGCCAUGGAGUACCUGGCUAGCCACUUCUUUGUCCACAAGGACCUGGCUGCCCGGAACAUCCUGGUUGGGGAGCAGCUCCACGUAAAGGUGUCUGACCUUGGACUUUCCAGAGACAUCUACUCCUCGGAUUAUUUCAGGGUCCAGCCAAAUUCGCUUUUACCCAUUCGCUGGAUGCCCCUGGAAGCAAUCAUGUACGGGAAGUUCUCCACUGACUCCGACAUCUGGUCCUUUGGUGUGGUUCUGUGGGAGGUCUUCAGUUUUGGGCUGCAGCCCUAUUACGGUUUCAGUAAUCAGGAGGUGAUGGAGAUGGUCCGGAAACGACAGCUUCUGCCCUGCCCUGAUGACUGCCCUCCCAGGAUGUAUGGCUUGAUGACCGAGUGCUGGCAGGAGAACCCUGCCCGAAGGUCACGCUUCAAGGACAUCCACGCCAGGCUGAGAGCUUGGGAGGGGCUUUCGAGCCACACCAGCUCCACCACGCCUUCAGGGGGCAAUGCCACGACACAGACCACCUCCCUCAGCGCCAGCCCGGUUAGCAAUCUCAGCAACCCCAGAUACGCUAACUUCAUUUACCCAGCACAGGGGAUACAGCAGGCUCAGAUAGCAGGGUUCAUGGCAGCUCAGAUGCCCCAGAAUCAGAGGUUCAUCCCAGUGAACGGGUACCCUAUCCCACCAGGCUACGCUGCUUUCCCCACUGCACACUUCCAACCACAGGGCCCGCCCAGAGUCAUCCAGCACUGUCCGCCUCCCAAGAGCCGCUCACCCAGCAGCGCAAGCGGCUCCACCAGCACGGGUCACGUGACAAGCAUUCCUUCCACAGGAUCCAAUCAUGAUGCAAACACCCCACUGCUGUCACACUGUAUCACCAUUUCCAGUCACCCUGGGAGCGCUGUGCCAAUCUUUGGACACAUGAAUCAGAAAGUAAUGCAAAUGGACUCGACGCAAGCCUGUUUAAUAGGAGACUCGAAUAGACACGCAUACAGUGAAUCAAUAAUUACUGCAGAACUGUAAAUAGGAAUUCCUUUUUUUGUUAUGUAAAU